AUGGCAGCCCCUACCGUCGUCUUACUGCCCGUGUGGGGUGCCGGCCACCUCAUGCCGAUGCUCGAGGCCGGCAAGCGGCUGAUCACCCGCGGCGGCCGCGCGCUCUCGCUCACCGUGCUCGUCAUCCCACCUCCCACGGAGGAGGUCGCGGCCGACGUCGACGCCCACAUACGCAGGGAGGAGGCCUCCGGCCUCGGCAUCCGCUUCGUCCGCCUCCCCGCCGUCGAGCCCCCGGACUUCCGCGGCAUCGUGGACUUCGUCUCCAGGUUGGUGCAGCUGCACGCGCCCCACGUCAGGGCGGCGAUCUCCAGCCUGGCGUCCCCGGUGGCCGCGUUCGUCAUCGACUUCUUCUGCACCACGCUGCUCGACGUGUCCCGCGAGCUCGCCGUGCCCGCGUACGUCUACUUCACCGCCAGCGCCGGGAUGCUCGCGUUCUUCCUGCGCCUUCCGUCGCUCCACGAGGAGGUGACGGUCCAGUUCGAGGAGAUGGAGGGCGCCGUGGACGUGCCUGGGCUGCCGCCGGUGCCGCCGUCUUCCCUCCCGAAGCCAGUGAUGGACAAGAAUAGCCCCAAAUACACGUGGUUCGUGUACCACGGCAGGCGGUUCGCCGAGGCCGACGGCAUCAUCGUCAACACGGCUGCCGAGCUCGAGCAGAGCGUGCUUACUGCCAUCGCCGACGGGCGGUGCACGCGCGGUGUCCGUGCCCCGACGGUCUAUCCAAUUGGGCCGGUGAUCUCGUUCAGCCCGCCCACCGAGCAGCCGCACGAGUGCGUGCGGUGGCUCGACACGCAGCCCCCGGCCUCCGUGGUGCUCCUCUGCUUCGGGAGCGUUGGGUUCUUCGCCGCGCCACAGGCGCACGAGAUCGCGCACGGCCUGGAGCGCAGCGGUCGCCGCUUCCUCUGGGUGCUGCGCGGCCCACCGGCACCCGGCGAGCGGCUACCGUCGGACGCGAACCUCGCCGAGCUGCUCCCCGAGGGCUUCCUCGAGCGGACCAAGGGCAGAGGCCUGGUGUGGCCGACGAAGGCGCCGCAGAAAGAGAUCCUAGCCCACGCCGCCGUGGGUGGUUUCGUGACACACGGCGGCUGGAACUCGGUCCUCGAGAGCCUGUGGUUCGGCGUGCCGAUGGCGCCGUGGCCGCUGUACGCCGAGCAGCACCUGAACGCGUUCACGCUGGUGGCCUACAUAGGCGUCGCCGUGGCGAUGAAGGUGGACAGGAAGACGAACAAUUUCGUGGAGGCCACGGAGCUGGAGCGAGCGGUGAAGGAGCUGAUGGGCAGUGGCGAGGAGGGGAGGAAGGCGAGGGAGAAGGCCAUGGAGAUGAGGGCCGCCUGCAGGAACGCCGUGGAGGAGGGUGGCUCAUCCUACGCUGCGCUGCGGAGGCUGUCAGAGGAGAUGUGCAAAGUCGACACGAACCACAGAUGA